GUUCUUUUAAAAGCUGCAUCUGGUACUGAACCACGCAGGACUAGUGCAGCAAAUCUAGAGCCAGCAAAAUGGUCGAAUGGACAGACUUCGAGCGCGCCACCAUCCAGGACAUCUUCUCUAAGAUGGACUAUGAGGUGGUGGGCCCUGCAGCUCUUUGCAGGUGUCUGAUCGUCUACCCCUGGACUCAGAGGUAUUUCGGAAAGUUUGGAAACCUCUACAACGCCGAGGCUAUAACUGCAAAUCCACAGGUCGCAGCUCAUGGAAAAACCAUCCUCCACGGUCUGGACCGGGCUGUGAAGAACAUGGACAACAUCAAGGCAACCUAUGCCGAGCUGAGUGUGCUGCACUCAGAGAAACUGCACGUGGACCCUGACAAUUUCAGGCUGCUGUCUGACUGCCUGACCGUAGUGGUUGCAAGUGUGAUGGGGAAAGAGUUCACUAGUGAAGUGCAGGCAGCUUUUCAGAAGUUCCUGGCUGUGGUGGUGUCCUCCCUUGGAAAGCAGUACCACUAGAGAGCUGCAACAGAAGACCAUCACAUGCGGAUCAUUUGUUGAAAAGCGUUGUUUUUUUAUCAUGUUUCAAAAACAUAAAUAAAUAAAACAAUAAGCAUAUUU